CCGAAAUCUUCCAAAAAAAAAAACAUAUAUUAAAAAAAUCAAGAGACACUCUCUGAAGAUGCUCUAAUAUUGUCGACAACAAAAACGGUAAAGCCGGAUUCUUUUCUUAAUUCCCUCCUUCCUUUCUCGGGACACGUUAGCCAUGGCUUCCGCCACCGCCACCACGGCGGAGAAGGCCAACCAGUCUUCCUUCAGUCGCGAAAAGUCAGUCACUCUCACCCUACUUGUCUCUAUUUCUUUAGUUUCUGUCGUUUGGUCUUUCACCGAUCACUCCCUGAGAUCAAAACUGACAGAACAUAUCUAUUCCAUUGACCGAUCCGCCGUAGACCGCAGCUCCGACCCACCGGAGAAGACCUUUUACGACGACCCAGAGCUCAAUUACACCAUCAAUAGACAUAGACCCAUCGUUGACUGGGACGGAAAGAGGUCCGAGUGGCUGAAGCUCCACCCCUCAUUCGCGGCCGGAGUAGAGAACCGUGUGCUCCUCCUCACCGGAUCAAAGCCCGGCCCCUGCAAGAACCCGGCCGGCGAUCACCUGCUCCUGAGGUGCUUCAAGAACAAGGUGGACUACUGCAGAAUCCACGGCCACGAUAUCUUCUACAACAACGCCUUCUUCCACCCGGAGAUGCGGUUUUAUUGGGCCAAGAUUCCUCUGGUCCGGGCGGCAAUGCUGGCCCACCCGGAAACAGAGUGGGUCCUCUGGAUGGACUCCGACGCCAUCUUCACCGACAUGGAUUUUAAGAUUCCUCUGGAGAGGUAUCGGAACCACAAUUUCGUCGUCCACGGUUGGCCGGCGGCGGUUGUGAGGAAGAGCUGGGUGGCGGUCAACGCCGGGAUUUUUCUGAUCAGGAAUUGCCAGUGGUCAAUGGGGUUUUUAGACGAAUGGGCGAAAAUGGGCCCACAAUCUCCCGAUUACGAAAAAUGGGGCGAGAUCCAACGGUCCACAUUGAAGGACAAGAUGUUCCCGGAAUCGGACGAUCAGUCGGGGCUGGUUUACCUCCUGCUGAAAGGAGGCAAGAAAUGGACGGACAAGAUUUACGUGGAGAACGAGUACUCUUUGCACGGCUACUGGGUCGAGAUCGUAGGGAGGCUGGACAACAUCACGGCGAGGUACGCGGAGAUCGAGAGGGGAGAGCCGUCGCUGCGGCGGAGGCACGCGGAGGCGGUCAGUGAGAGCUACGCGGCGGCGUGGGAGCCGCACGUGGCGGAAGGCGGGGAGCGGAAGGGCCGGUGGAGGCGGCCGUUCAUAACGCACUUCACGGGAUGUCAACCGUGUAGUGGGAACCACAACCUGGAGUACGGCGGCGACUCUUGCUGGGAAGGGAUGGAGAGAGCGUUGAAUUUUGGCGACAAUCAGGUCCUUCGGAAUUUCGGGUUUAUGCAUAGUGACCUUAAAACUUUGUCACCUCUCAUGCCUGAACCCUACGAUCAUCCUUCAUAGUUACAUGAAAUUAUAAGGUAUACCCGGAUGUACCUAUUAAAGUGCAGACAUCCAUUUGUAAUUGUUUUAAAGUACAGGCAUCCAUUUGUACGAUUGACAUUCUAUUUCAUCCGUUCCGCUGCAGACUCCUCCCAAGUCCCAC